AUGGAUACACUUCAAUCCGACAUCUCAGUAAUCGAUCUGUGUGGAUUCAGUAAAUUGUGUCCCCGUGCCUGUAGUGUAUGUCCUUAUAUUUUUACAGUUAAAGGUUAUAACGUGUUUUUACGAGAUUUUAUUAUUGGAACGAAGACUGGAUAUCCUCGAUUUGAUGAAGUGUGUGCUGAGUUAACCGACCAAAAGGCUUCCAUCAUGAUUGUAAAGAAAGGGUCUUAUGAAGAAGAUUUACUGAACACAACAUGUCCACAGGAUAUAUUGGCUGUAUUUGAUAACGUGAAUAUCACAACAUCGUCUGGUACUAAAACAACUGGGUGUCUAGGGACAACAGUAGAUGUUUGUAGAGACAAGACUACAGUAGCAUUUAACUACAACAGUGCGUGCUCUGCUGCAAAAAUGAAAUCACAAGAUGGGAAGUACAGUUGUUUAUACUCUAUGAAAUUGGGGCCGGAUACAUAUCUUAGUGUUUUGAAUCAGGAUACGACAGUUGAUGGAUCAAAUACAUUUAGAUUCUCUUGCUUUGCAUACUCCAUAACAGGGGGUGUUUUGUACGCGACAGAAACGCCAACAACAUGUACCAGUACUACAACGUCUACUGAUCUUGGAUCAGCAAAUGAGGGUGUUACUAUUGUAGCAUGGAAUGUCACUUGUAAGUAUGGGGGUUAA